UUUACAAUUACAAAUGAAGUUCUUGUUGCUUGGUGGCGAUUUAACAUUUUUAUUUUGUUGUUAUGUUGUUACAUUAUACAUAUUGUAUAAUAUUCUUCAUACUUUCUAUAUAAUUUAAACCGUAAUUUUUACAAUGGAUAUUGAUUCGAAUGGCUCAGAUUCGCUGCGACAACAGUUCCAACUACUUCAAGAGCAACAUAAAAAGAAACUAUUGUUACGUAAACAGAAAUUAUCUACCCAAACAGAGGUCACAGCCGACCAAAAACCGGAAUAUAUGAAUAGCGUAAAUGGUCACGGUUCGACAAUUAUUGAAGAUGUAGAUAAUCUAGAACUUCAGUUGAACAGUAAUCUGAGUGAAGACUUUUCAAGGACAUCUGAGUAUGAUAAUAAAAUACGGGAAUUAAAAGAUGAAAAUGGGAGAUUGUAUAAGUUGUUAGCUGAGCGUGAUGAGGAGAUGAGAAUACUACGUAAACAAAUUAAUUCAGAAAGACAGGCAAUUGCUGGCAGUGGUCCUGGAUCUGAUACUGCUGCCAAUCGUAUUAUGGAAUUAUCGAGAAAGAACAGGGAAUUAGCAUCGGAAAUUGAAAAAGAAAAGAGAAAAGCAAAACAACUUUCCAAAAAAAUUACUGACAUGGAAAGUCAAAAUUCUUCUAUGGCAGCACAAGUAACCAAGCAUGACACACAGAGAAGCAAGGAUGUUACUGACGAGGGAAAAAAUAACUCUCAAGUGCUUGAAGAGAAAUUAAAACAAGCCCUGGCAAAAGUAGCUGAAUAUCGUAACCAGUGUGAGAUUUUAAAGAAGGAAGCAAGGAUUGCCCAAAAGGUUAUAGCAAAAGAAUGUGGUGAAGGAAUGAAUGUGACAGCUGUACUAAAUGAGCCAAGUGGCUGGCGUGGCAGACAACAGCAAAUAACUACCUUGCAAAAUAAGGUGAAUGAACUGAAGGCCCAGCUAAAUGAUGUGAUGCAUUCAAAACAAGCCCUAUCAACGAAUGGUUUACCAAAUCAAAAUUAUAAUGUGCAACGAGUUAUGACGCCAUCAUUUCAUGACGAAAAACAUAAACAGAUGCUGAAAAAGAUGGAGAAAAGCAAGAAAGAAGAAUACGAGAAAACCAGCGGUGAACUACACCUGCUGAAUGAAGAACAUCAAAAACUGCAAACAAAAUUCGACGCUGCAAAAACACGCAAUAAAAUAUUGACCGGAGAACUGAAGAGUUUGAAAGAAAAAACUAAAAUGUUAGCAGAGAAAGGGGCGCACGACGAUGAACUGAUUUCUGCUUUAAUGAGAGAACAAGAGAGACUGAAGAAAACAGUAGAAAAGAAAAAUUCUCAGAUCGCUGAGCGCAGUCAAUCUAGACACGAGAAAGUACAACAAGAUACUGAACUUGUGGCAACCCUGACUCAACUGUGUAAAGAAAGAGAGGAAAAGGUUGCUCAACUUGAACGCGAACUUAAUUCCUUGGCAAUGAACCUUGCCGAAGCGCCAGCGAGGAGGAACAUUGGAUCAGCGGACAAAGCUACCAUCACAGAUGAGGUACCUGUUGAGAGAAUAUCAAGUUCUUUUAAUGACCAUCAACAAAAUACGAGUGAAACGAUGGUAUCUAAACCAAAAGAGGUGGAUGGACAAUCGCGAGGAAGACGUAUUGUACGAUCCACUAGUAAGAAUACCAAUACUCUGCCACCAACCCCGCCAAAGUCUGGUAGCGGAAAAAGAAGAUCAAGUGGCCUGAGAAGUGAUAGUCGAUGCAACAGCGUUAAUACACAGUUUGAUGAAUAUCAAACACUUUACGAAACCACAAAGAUUGAACGUGACAAAUUAGCUGAACUUGUUGCAGUUUUUCAAAACAGGGAAAAAGAGGUCUAUGACUCUACGUGUAAAAUGUCUAGUGAUGUAAAAAGUUUGCAGAGACAAAAUGUGGAACUUGAGAAAAAGCUAGCUCGACUUCACGCACAGCGUUCGGCUCAAGAUAAGAAUGGUAAGAAACAUCAUCGUUCAAGGACUGGUACUAGUGAUGAAAGACCAACUGAACCAUACUACGUUGAAGAACUUGAAACUCAGUAAGUUCAAAGAUGGUUUUCUUAUGAAACAUAGAAUUUCUCCAAGGAAACCAAUAGCUAACAAAAAUAUUUCUUUUGCGUUUUUCUA